GGUUGAUUGGUCGAGGUUUCGGUUUUAGUCAAGACAAAUAACCUCCUUGGUUUUAGUUCAAACAGUAGGCCUACUGUCACAGACUAGCAUUUAUAAUCUGCAUUCACGUUUAAUUAACUUUAAUAAUAAUGGAGGUGGGAGACCCCAGAGAUGUAAGAGGGCGGGGGUGGGGGUAUACGUCCGACCGAAGAACGCGCCUCCGCCUCAUUGGCUUUGGCCUAUGGUUGGUUUUCUUGGAACCAACAUAGAAUCUUUGGAAAUAAGAAAACGAGAGUUAAAUCCCUUCCAAGGGAGACGACUACUGCCGCCACUUUUUGCAAGAUGCAAAAUAAAAACCAGUGUUCUUCAUCCGUCUCUCACACAAUCAAAGAGCAAUGUUUUGAGUUGUUUCAAAGUGAAAUCUAUGGGUGAUUUUGUCUUAGAGUGACAUCACAACCAGAGAGAUGGACGGCCUGUCAGAUGUGUACAGCUGCCUGAGGGCCCUUGACGCCAGCAAAGUAACUGAGAGAAAGAAUAAUGCUGCAAAGCUGCAAAAUCUGCUGAGUAAUUCAUCAGUUGUUGAGACUUUAGAUGACAACUCAGACAAUCAUAGUCCCGGUAGUAAGACGCUGACCUGGAAUGUUGUCUUAAAGGGUGUAAUGAAAUAUGUGGACCUAGAGACAUCCCUCCUGCAGACUGCCAAGGAGAGCCAGUCGGCCGCCACCUUGAACAACAGGGAUAAGAAGAAGCUUGAGCUGGCUGCUCUCUUCAUGUUUGUCAUCCGGACAGCAAAUGAACGUGGCCCCAGACUCCGACUUGAUUGGAUCAUGAACUGGAUACGGAAUGCCCUCUGUGAUGAUUAUAUGCGUGAAGCUUUUGGUCUCGAUUUCAGUAAUGUCUUGCUCAAGCACGUUCUACGAGUGAGGUCGUAUUGGCUGGAAAUCUCCUCCAAAGAAUGGAGAGAUCUGCUGACGCUGUAUUGCAAACUGUAUGAGGAAGGGUUUCUACGCCAGGAUCUGUGUGCAAAAGUCAUCAAGAAGUUGAUACAAGGCAGCGUUUUGCAAGGAGAAGUUUCUCCACGCAAACUGUUCUCUUUUUUUUCCAGAGUUUUGCAACAUUUCAGAGACUUGCAGGCUGCGUCAAUCGUGGAGAAUGUUUUGUCGUCGUUGACCACGUUUUGCCAUGCUAUAGCCCCAGCCUGUCCUGCUCAGCUGUGUGAGUUUGCUGAGAGUCACCUGGAUGGCUUGUUGUAUUUGUGGCAAAAUGCAAGCACAGAGAGGGUCAAGGAGGAAAUGAUCGACCUCCUUCACCUUCUGGUGCUGGUUCAUCAUCCCGCUGGGGCCGCCACUGAGGGAGAGGGAGCUUAUGCUCAUGACUGGACUCGCUGGAAGGUACACCUGGCUUCUUUACACGAGUCAAUCGUUGCUGACAUAAACGAAACUGGAGGCAGGUUUAGAUUCAGUUCCGGUUUGAAAGUCAGUAUUUUGAAACAGCGCUACAUAGACCUAGCAGUUGCUGUGUUCAAGCAGCUGCCGGGCCUCAUCCCAGCGUCCCCAGAGGAAGUGGUUGCGUUCACGCAGGUGUCCCAGAUGGGCGACCGAGCGGGAGCGACGCCUGCCAAGAGACAGAGGCUGUCGGUGGAGAACAAGCCUCUCGUGGAGCUCGUCAAGACUUGUUCCAACUCACUGCAAGCUGUGCCCUGGCUUCAGAUUCUGUGUGCGUUGUUGCGGCGUCACUCGGAGUCGUUCAGCAGGAAUGGGCUGGUCAACGCCCUGGGAGUUCUGGCUUUGCUACUUCACGAAUGUAAAAGGGGCCAGCUGUUCACAUAUGUGUUUGAAUGUCUGUCCGCCCUGACUGAUGCUUCCGUACCAAGUGACCGCGAGACGGAGAAGAUUUGGCUCUCGGUGUGGUCAUCUUGCAGUGGCACCAUCAACUCCCGCCAAGCCGAGGUGGAAGGUUACCAGGACUUUGGCUUCCAGCUGAUGGCGGGCAUGUUGUUUCAAGGCCUGGUGCGUCCGGGGAAGGAAAUCUGGAACCUCUUCCUGCCCAACUUCAGUCAUCCAAGUCCCUCCUCUGACGGUCUUCUGACAGCUCUCGUCCACUCGCAAGGUCUCGCAGAAAACUACUGUCCAAAUAUACUGGGUUCGUCUUCAAUGUCGAAGACGCAGGGCGCUUUCCCUCUCCGCACACUCCUGGUUAACUGGCUUCUCUCCCAAGCCAUGGCGGAAAAUCUCGAAGCGUCUGCGAGGAACCUCACUCCCACCAGGACUGCUCAACUCAUCUAUGCCCUUGCUCUCCAGGAUCCUCUGACGGUGAUGAAACAGUUUAAAGAGGAUAACCACCAGGAGGAAGAUAUUUCUCAAAUUGAGAAGGUGCACCUGAGAACGGCGUUUGGUUCCUUGAAAAGUUCGGCUGAGUCGAGGAAAUCUGUUGGUAGUAGAGAAAGAAGAAGAGAAGAGUCGGAAGAUAACAACCCUCAGGUGGACAGUGUGGUGGAACAUGUUCUCAAAACCCUCGGCACAAUCUCAAGAUCCCUCUCUGAGCUUCUGGAACCUUCCGUUGAGACGAUCGAGUUUCUGGCAUGGUACAGCUGUACUGUAGUGAAGCUACUGUUCUACGUGGGCCCGGACGGGGUGCCUGGGACGCGACUCAAACAGUUGGUGAAGGUCGCUCUGGAGAAAUGCACAGGCCACUUCGUGAACUAUGUCAAGAAAAAAGGAACUUGUGGUUUGCUGCCGGCUCUCAAGGUGUUUCACGAAAUGUUCUGGUUCAAGGGCAUGACCUCUAUGCGAAUGUUCUGGGUUGUGGAGGUCAUUCGUUGUGACCUCUCCGCGGCUUUUGUGGAUCUCGUGGUUGAUAUGGCCAGUGGAAAGUUGGAGAAGAAAAGGGAAGUGCGGCCAUCUUCUCACAGGAACCGAUACGACCGCCACCGACAGUUUGAGUGGAACGAACAGCGAGAGGGCUCUAGUCAUCGCGGACGGGAAAAUGACCUUGACUUUGACCUGGAGCCUCAGCGUGCGGACCUGGACCCAAGAAAUGGUGCGAGCAACACAGAUCUGGAUUUUGAUGAGAGGGACGCCUCGACCAAUAACAACACAACGCUUCCUGCAGCUGCAGAUGACAACCACCAGUUCCUUGGGGAGGAUCUUCUUGUGGAGGCCCAGAAGGUUCGACUGGCUUGUGUGAAACUCCUGUGUGGCUUGAUCUCUUACGACCGGCAGUUAUCCGAGUCGGAGGAAGUGCCGGUGCGGGCAGAGAUGGACAUCGGCCAUCUGAAAGAACAGCUGUUUGCCUUGGUGGAGGGGUUGGAGCCGAUCAAACCGGUUUUUGUGCAUACACUGAUCACCAUCACGGAGCAUGUCCUCACCCCGGUCCACGUAAUCAGCGGCGCAGACGUCAAGGCUUUGCUCAAAGCGUUCAAACUGACAGCCAAGAAUCUGGCCCAAGACCAGCGCGUGUGCUGUGCUAUCCUGCAGUGUUUACAGAAGGUGAUCCCUCAUCUUGCAGAGAAGGAAGAAAUGCCCAGCUCUGACAUCAAGCUGUGCCGAGAUAUGUUCUUCAACUUUAUGACAGAUUUUGGAUCUUUAGCCUCAGAGGGAACAGUGCAAUUGAAACUGGAUCUUGCCAAGACACAUCUGGAGCUUUUGAAGUAUGACAGAGCCUGUGCGUGGGGAACUAUCAAGGUCCCCCAAUCUGGAGAUAGUGGAGACUCCAAUGGGUUCAGCCUGUGCACAGUAUCCCAGGUGUUCCCAGAUUUUCUCAGAGACGAAAUCGUGGAAGUUUCCUUAUUUGUUGCAGAAAAUGUCAGCAGUUUGUUCACAAAAUUUGCUGUGGAUGGAACAGAGAUGCAGGAGGAAAAGAGAACACAAAAUAAGGCCUUUGACAAUUUGUUCUUGAUAUGCAACGACUUCCUAAAUAUACGGGGUAGCCCGAGCCCCGUGCGGCGUGCAGACAUGGAGAGGAACCAGCAGGCGGCCUGUCUGUACACGCUGACCUCUAUCAUCUGCUGCAGCCCCAUCUGUGAGAAGUCGUGUCUGCUGGCGCUCUGUCAGGUCGUGGCCGACGAGAGGGUGCACUUGAGUCGGGCCCGAAAGGCCCUGGAUGUGAUCAGCGGGAACCUGGGCUACUCGAGCUCCCAGGACUACCUGAAGUGUCACCUGCCGUACUUGGUUCACAACUGGCUCGCGGAGGAUAUGGUGAACUCUCCCGUGGCCGAGUUUCCCUACCGUCUGCUGGGUCACACCACGCUGGAUGAAUUUGUCAGGGCCAACCAAGACCUGAUAGUGUCGGAGAUCCUGGUGACCCAGCGCAGCCUGACAGACCUGGAGAGUUUGCUGACCAGUGUCCAGUGCGACGUCCGGCCCAGCCUGAGGCGGGCGCUGCCCGUGGUCCUGGUGCACAUCCUGCCGUGCUUCGCAGUCAAGGUCAUGGAGGAGGAGAGGGGGACGUCCAGUCAGCCCUCGGUGGCUGCCAGGCAGUCUCAGAGAGCUGCCAAGUGCUUCGACAUUGUGAAGGAGAGACUGAGUGAACAGGACAUCAACGAUUGCAUUUUCCAAAAUCUGGGCAGUAUUGUGGUGGGCCUGCUCAGCUCCUUGCACAUCUCGAAUGACGCAGCGUCUGGGGCGCUCUCCAGCAUGAUCUACCCAGAGCCGAAUCCUCCAUUCUACAAUCAGCGCACCAUCCAGGCCACUCUGGACUACAUGGCGCAGAACUUCACCGUGGCCGAGGGCGGCUCCGGCAGGGGCACUUCCCUCAUCACUGUCCUGGCCAAAGUCCCGGACGGCCUGCAGAGAGUCUUGCUGUCUCUGUCCACGUUGAUGUGGUGUGAGCACCGCCCCCACGAGAAGGCGCGUGCCCUGCACAUGUAUGGACUGUUUGUGGGCAUGGUGCUGGGGGAGCUGGCCCAGGGACUGGACGGGGGGUGGGCGGCGGUGGUCAGGGACGUGGUCACCCGUCUGCUCAUCUUGCUGGGCUCCAGUCUAAAGACGUCGUUGGGCCAGGUGGUGAGCCCAGGCUUUGAGGAGGAGCUGAUCCUGACAGCUCUUCACAUCCUACAACGUGUGUGCGCCGAGACGAUGAAGAUCUGUCCAGACGAGUUUGCCAACUAUGCUCACCAGAUAGUGGACACAGUGGUCAGCGCUGUGGGGAAGAGCGAGGCCAUCAGUAAAGCCGCCGUGACCUUGUUGCGUGCUGUCCUGAGUUCUUCUCCAAACAACGAAGAGCUGAAAGCGUCUCUGAGGACCCUGAACCCACUGCCUCUCAACGUGCCCAGUCUGGAUGAGCUGAGAGAGGGCAUGGACACUCUCUGUGGAGAGCAAGGACUGCCUCUUGUCCUGCGUUUGCAAAAUCUGCUCCAAGCAAUCUCCUUCAUGUCUGUCGUUCCGUCGCACGGACUGGUUCUCCGACUGAAUCGGCUCACGAGGGAUCUUUUGACCGAGCGCAGGGAAGUACUUCAGAUGGCUGUCGGCUCAGAAGGGUUGUGCUUACUGAAGAAAGUGGUGUGUGCUCUGCUGUCCCUCACCGAGUGGGAAAACCAGCCUCUUGUUGCUGCCGCGGGGUCAUGCCUGGGUGCCAUCGGCCCGGUUGACCUUCAGACCAUGACCUUGCCGGCAGGCCUCGGGAACUCAAGUUCAUCCAUCGCCAUGGAAACCUUCAGGAAUCAGGAGUUUGAGAAGUACUGUUGGCUCAUCCAUAAGCUGGAUGAUUGCUUACUGGAUAAAAGUUUAGAGGUGGUGAGAACCGCGGGGGAGAUCCUGCAGUCUGUGUUCAGCACGGCCUCCUGUGUCAGGUUUGAGGCGGAGUACAACAAGGCCCUGCGCUCCAAGAGCUUCGUCUUCUUCUAUCUACAUCCUUUCAAGAGAAAAACUCCGAAGCUCGAUAAAAUGGCCCCCCCACCAGCCCCGUCCAAGAAGGAUUCCCUGACGCCUGACACGCUGGACAACCAGGACCUGUGGCUCGGUGUCAGCGGGAACUCUCCGCUGUCGCACGAAGAAUGGAUCCGGAACUUGACCACGGCUCUGCUCCGCUCUGGGGCCGUACAGGAUGAGAUGCUGGCCAAGAUAGAGCCCAUGUGUGCCUUCAAAACCCAGUUCUGUGAAGAGGCUUUGCCGUACUUGGUACAAGACAUCCUUCUACAUGGUGGAGAGGAUUUUCGCAGAAUUCUUUCGUAUCACUUCACAUCCUUCUUCCGAUCUCACUGUGCACACAAGGAGUUGGGAAGCUCGUCAGCAGAGACCCGACCUUUGACCCUGAGGAAAAGAUCUGUGCAGACGAUGCUGAGGGUGGUGCAGUUCCUGAGGAAACAGACUCGACCCGCCCUGAAACGUGGCGUGCCUCAAACAGAGUGGCAGAACAACUUCUGGCUGGACGUGGAUUACCUCGAGGUGGCCAGGGCAGCUCAGUUCUGUUCCGCUCACUUCUCUGCCAUUCUCUUCACGGAAAUCUGGUGGGAGCGUGUGAGGGAGGAGACGUCUCUACCCUCCACGGGCUCCAGCUCCCACACACAGAGUGACAGCCAGCAGUCGGCCCUUGACCCCUUGACCCAGGUCAGCUCGCAGGGUUCAGGAGGUCAGGGUGCCCAGAGGCUGCUGCUGGAGGUGUACUGGAGCAUCGGGGACCCGGACGGGAUCUACGGCUGUGGGGCCGGGCGCCAGGCGGAUCCCAGCACGAGAAUGCAGACGUACCUCCAUGAGCUCCAGUACGAGAGAGCCCUGACCACUCAGGACAUGGCGGUCACUCACGGGACGACCUCAUCUCCCAUGUCUUUGUUGCAAACCCUCCACAUGUGUGGUAUGGACUACAGCCUACAGGGCUGUCUGGAGGGCCUGCAGAGACUGGCCGAGUAUCCCCCUCCUCCCGUUCCCCCCACCUCCACUACAGAGCAGACCUCAGCACUGUCGGCCGCGGCGUUGUACAACUGUGCCGAGAUAGAAGAGCUCCAGUUCCAAGCGGCGUGGGAGCUGGGGCGCUGGGACAUCCGGGAAACGCUCAAGCAAAGCAGGCCGGAGAGCUAUCACCAAUCCGUGUACAGAGCUCUGAGUUCUCUCAGGGAUGGACAUCUGAAAGUUGCUGAGCACGCUGUCAAUUCUGCAAGGAUGAGUAUCAUGGCACAGUUUGAGUGUGGAGCAGAGAGCUGUGAGAGCCUGUACCCGUUCCUGUCGCAGCUACAGUGUCUCAGCCAUCUCGACCGGGCCGUGCAAAGCUGUGCUCGUGUGGGAGACAGCAGCCCGGAGGAAUCCACACUGGGUCAGCAGCUGAGUUGGAGCGUGUCCCAGCGCGGCAGGGGAGCCGUCAACUUCAAACACGAGCGACCGUUGCUGCAGUUGCUGUCCUCUCUUGGUGGCGCCCUGAGCAACCGCGGGGAGGGAGGAGGAGGAAGAGGAGGUGGAGAGGUGCUGGAGACCACAGCUCUGUGGACUUUGGCUGUGUCUGCCCGGAAGGCUGGACAGUUUCAGCUGGCAGAGAAGGCGGUCUACGAGCUGAAGAGAAAAGCGAGCCUGAUCGUGCACGUGGGUGCGGAGAAGUUACAGCUGGAGGAAGCGCGGCUGUUCUGGGCGCGGGCCGAGAGCAAUAUCGCGCUCAACAUCAUGCAGAACCUCAUCAAAGAUAUGACACAGGAUGUGAUAGCCAAGAACCCCCCGCUGUAUCCAGAGGUUCUGAGCACAUACGGCAACUGGCUCGCAGAGACCAAAUCGGAGACCCCAAGUGUCAUCAUCAGUGACUUCCUGCAGAAGACUGUGGACACUAUCCUAGAGCAGUCAUUAUCAGAGGACAGCAGUGCGAGUUCAUGGACUAAAACAGCCUUGGAAGGAUUUGCGUCGCUCGCCCGUUUUGCCGACGAGCAAUACCAACUGCUGGCCGACUACAUGAAGUCUCCCAUGUACGAAACCAAGCGAGACCUACUGCGGCGCUCGCGCUCCGAGCUUGAGGAGUGCCAUCAGUUCAAAGGAGCAAGCAAGUAUCUCAAAGUGAUGGAAAAGACCUCUGCUAUUGAUGAACAAGAGUUGGAAGCCCUGGAAAACGACUGUCAGAGAUAUUUGCAUCAGGCUCUGGAGAACUACUUGAGAUGUCUGAAAACUGGUGACCUGUAUGACCUAAAAAUUUUCCGAGUUGUAUCCCUGUGGUUUGACAACUGUUCCAGCUUGGAAGUUAAUCAAAUGAUAGAGGAUUACUCUGCCAGCAUCCAGUCCCACAAGUUCUUGCCUCUGUACUACCAGCUGGCUGCUAGGAUGAGCACCAGACCUACGGACGGAGGUCACUUUCAAGCCGUUUUGGCCAAGCUAAUGGAACGCGUCGCCCAGGAACACCCGCACCACGCCCUGUGGGUCAUCAUGGCCCUCGCUCACGCCUACAAGGACGACGAACUGCUGCAAAAAGACAAACCCUCGAGGAUGAGGAAGAGGAAGAGUACAGAGGAAGAAGAAGUGGCUGAAGAAGACCGUAUUCAAGCUGCCAAAAUCCUCAUAGAACAGCUCAAAGGUUCUGAACGUCUGGGAGAAAUCGUCAAGAACAUGGAGCUGCUGUGUGUGGCCUAUAUUCAGCUGGCCAACUGGUCCGUGGAGCAAUACAAGACGGAGAAACGUCCCGUGCCUCUGCUCAAGCAGCUCAUGAUUACCAAGAUUUCCAGACUGGACAAUGUUCAGAUGCCAUCCGUGGAGCUGAAGGUGGACCCCAGUUCCCAGUAUGAAAACUUAGUCUCUGUCAAGAAAUUUGGUGCAGACUUCCGUCUGGCUGGAGGCAUCAACCUGCCCAAGAUCAUCACGUGUACGGGAUCUGAUGGGAGAGAGAGGACACAGCUUGUUAAGGGUCGGGAUGACCUGCGACAAGACGCGGUGAUGCAGCAGGUCUUUGCCCUGGUCAACCAGCUCCUGGGCAGAAACUCGGAGACUCAUCGCAGGCAGCUCAGUAUUCGCACUUACAAGGUGGUGCCCCUGAGCCAGAAGUGUGGUCUGCUGGAGUGGUGUGAGGGGACCAAGCCGCUGGGAGAGUACCUGAUUGGCUCGCCGUCGGCGAAAGGCGCGCACACUCGCUACCGACCCAAGGACUGGCUGUUCAAAGACUGCCGCCUACAUCUUAGUGGUGCGGGCAACAAUCCUGAGAAGAGGUACAAGGCGUACCAAGAGAUCUGCAGCCACUUCAAGCCUGUCUUCAGACACUUCUUUAUGGAGAAUUUCCCGGAACCCUCCACGUGGUUUGAGAGAAGGCUCGCCUACACACGCAGUGUUGCGACCAAUUCUAUAGUUGGCCACAUCCUAGGGUUAGGUGAUCGCCACUUGAUGAAUAUUCUGAUCGACCUCCAAACAGCUGAGCUAGUCCACAUUGAUCUGGGCAUUGCCUUUGAACAGGGCCGCAUUUUGCCCACACCGGAGACUGUCCCGUUCCGACUGACCCGAGACAUCGUGGACGGCAUGGGAAUCACUGGGGUGGAAGGAGUCUUUCGCAGAUGCUGUGAGAAAACCAUGCAGGUGAUGAGAGGGAACUCGGAGGCCUUGCUGACCAUUGUCCAGGUCCUGCUGCACGACCCCCUAUCUCACUGGUCGCUCUCACCGCAGCAGGCUCUGACCAUACAGAGGAAAAGAGAACACGUGAAUGCAGACACCAUGGACAUGACCAGCAGUGGGACUGUGCCAUCCAGCGGUCAAGUUGCCGGCCCGUCGGUGGUGCCUCGACAGGAUGGAGCUAACAACAACCACCAGGAUGCCCAGGAGCGACAGAACAAGCUGGCUGAGCGGACCCUGCUGAGGCUGAGGCAGAAGCUGGCGGGUCAGGAGGAGCGGGUGCCUCUCAGCGUCUCCGGCCAGGUCACCCUGCUCAUACAGACGGCCAGUGACCCCAGGAAUCUCUCCAAGCUGUUUGCUGGAUGGCAGCCUUAUCUCUAGUAGUCUCGCCUUCGCCUUGUCUAAAAGCGCAGUGAGAAUAGUAACCUAUGGAAAUGUGCUAUAUGAAUGCCAUGUAUUGUUAUUAUUAUUAUUAU